AUGACCGGCAGGUUUGAGUUGCCACGGGCGCACCAGGGUGCAUACGUGGAACAGUGUCGUAGCCCUCGAUCCCAAUAUCCCACUUGUGGCUACAAAGAGUCAAUGAUUCACCUUAGCAAAAAUGCCUCGUUUGACAUCACUUCGGGUUCUGCUAGCCUUAGCAGGAAUGCCUUGCUUGACAGCCUUCGCGUCUUGUCAGCCCUAGCUGAAAUCCCUUGCUUAGCAGCACUUCGAGUUCUGCCAACGCUCCACUGUGAUCGUAACCGGUUAAGACUUCGUAAUCGAAACCAAUACGAAGAAGUGACUCCUGCCAUACGACUAGAUGAUGCGGAAUGGAAGAUUAUUCAGCAGAACACGUUCACUCGUUGGGUGAACAACCAUCUCAAGAGGGCUGGAGAUUCUAUUGAGAACCUGGAAACAGACCUAUCAGAUGGUCUGAAGCUCAUCAGUCUUGCAGCCGUGCUUUCUCAGAAAAAUGUCGGUCGCUUUAACAAAAAGGUCAAUUUUCGUUCACAGAAGCUAGAAAAUGUUUCACUUGCGUUGAAGUUUUUUCAAGAUGUUGAACAUAUCAAGAUUGUAAACAUAGAUAGCUCACAUAUUGUGGAUCAAAAUAAAAAGCUCAUCCUCGGACUAAUUUGGACGCUAAUUUUGCACUAUUCGAUUUCAAUGGGAUGGAUUCAAGAGAGACAUGACGGUCAAGUAGAGGAAACUCCGAAGCAAAAACUCUUAAAUUGGAUUCGUAGCAAGCUUCCACCUGGGAUGCCUGUCACAAACUUCACAUCUGACUGGAACGACGGUAUCGCUCUUGGAGCACUGGUAUUUUUCUUUCUUUCUUUCUGUACUUGA